CGAAACUACUGCUUUAGAUGGAGCAAUUCAAGCCACAAACGUUUGGGGAACCAGAACAUGCUCAGCCACAAACCCCAUAACGUGUCUUAUGUUUUUUCCUUUCUCCCUUUCAUUUAUAACUGUCUCUUGCUUCUUCUUUAGUCAUCAUAAGUUGCAACCUCUUCUCUUCACUCUUUUAAAAAAUGGUUUUCACCAUUUCCAAUUAGACACACAUAAAAACUUUCCCAAUAGCCGCCUCUGAUAAUUCAUUGCUAAUUUGCUAUCAAUCCAACUUUACAUAUUAUCAUCCAUUUUGAUUUCAUCGAUAGGAAACUGGGAAACUGGGUUUUCUCUCUUUUUUGCAGAUAAGCAUCAAUAGGACACUAGAUAAUGGAUUGGUACUAUGGGAACGGCGUUAAUGAUUAUCUGGUUCCCAGAGAUCAGGAUUUAUUGGACAGGCAUCCUUCACCGGACUAUUGGUCAAACUGGGGAAUAAGUGCAACUGAAGGUUUUAAUUCACCUAAAAAUCUUUUUAUCAUGGAUUUCUUUGAAGAAAGAUUCAAUAAUCAAAUUGAGCUUGAACCAUCUCUGCAUGAUAAAGAUCAGUCUAGCAGUUCAAGUGUAUGUGGGGGAUUGCCUGAGCAAUCUUUUCAACAGACAGCACUUUCAUGUGAUCAGCCUAAUUACCAGCUUCAAGAUCUACUGAGAUUUGAACCGAUGAAUGACACUUUCUUGGAUUCUGUACCUGAAGGUCUGCCUUGGGUUGACGUUGAAAACCUAGACAAAUCCAUUAACAUUUCACCUGAAAACCAAUGGAGCAGUACACCUGGUAUAUUGCAGAAAGAGAUGCCAGCUUCAAAGUCUGUUUCUAGCAACUCAGAAUCAAAGGAUUGCCUGGAUAUAGAGGCACCACUGGCCAAGGUCUUGGACUCAUUUGAGCAGUGCAACAGAGAUGAUGGCAUGUGUGAGCAGUCAUCAUCACUUGAGGAAUUCAUACUGAAGGAUCUUGAGAUGGUAAUUGGACAGUUCACCGAGAGGACCCGUAUUUGCUUCCGAGAUGCUCUGUACCGUCUUGCUAGAAACACUGAAGAACAACAUGUAAUGCUGGACCAGAAUGAAGAUCUUAACAUACAGAAGGCAAUACCACAUACAGAUCACAAUGAAACAAUGAGGUCUCAGGACAAGAAACCAAUGGAAUCAGCAACCAACAAUAUUGACAGAAUAAUUGCAAAUCUCAUGUUCAAGAGCAUGGAGUUCAACAUACAUCACUCUCCAAUUACAUCAUCGACAAACUCCAUUCAACAAGUUAUUGAAAGUAAUAAUGGUCUACAUGGAAACAGCUCAAAAGCCAUGAAUAUGGAAGAAAAGUUUUGCUAUUCCCAUCCCCAAAAAUUACUAGUAGAUGCCGAAAUUCCAAGGUUUGGACUAAGUAAUCAACCAAGGGACACAGGUUCAAACAUCACAUGUGAAGGUCCCAUAAAGACAUCUUUCAUGAUAGGGUUUGAUUAGGUUGUCUGGUUGUGAGUUUUCUAGUAGGCAUUAGCUAAACCACAAUCAGGAAAAAAAAAAUCAAUUUCUUGUAAUUAUUCAAUCUCGAUGUUAAGGUUUCUUUGAAGCAUCUAAUUUAUUUGUGUUCUGUUAUUUUAUUCAAAGGUUUGAUGUAUACAUUCAGCUCAAUUUUGCUUGGAAUGUAAGUGACUGAAUUGCUAUAAUUUGUCGGGUCAAGAUUCUUAAGAUUUUAUAGGCUCAAUUCAGGUUACUUUUGUA